GGGGCUACGAAGGGGACUGGGCUGGGUGGGGGGAGGUGGAAUAGCGGACGGAUGAAAAUUGGCUCGCUGGCUGCUGCGGCGUUUUCCUUUUCUGGGGCAGCGAGUUCGGCUCGUGCCGCUGGCCCGCGACUCUCGGGGCGGCCCCUCGCAGGAGGUUCGGUUCGGAGCCCGGUUCGCGGUCGCUGCUCGCGGGGGCGUCUCCUAAGAUGCUCCUGAUGGCAGAGUCUUUGAGACGCAUCUGCAGGGCAGCAGUUUUGAAGAGGAGACUGAGUGCCCUGAGCACCACAUCCUGAAAUCGGCAGGAGGGGAGGCCAUGGCUGGGAACAUGGACGAUGAUGUCCCGCUCAUCUUGACCCUGGACGACAGUGGGAGCACCCCACUGGCACCAUCUGACCGCCUGGGUCCGGAGGAUUUGCCCAAUGAAAAUGGAGGUGACUAUAUUAUCGGUGACUUGAGGGUGUCCGUCGAAGACUGCAGGGAUGGGACCUCCUUGAGUCCUGCCAGACCCACCUGGGAAAUGAAUUAUCAAGAGGCAGCAAUCUACCUCCAAGAGGGCGAGAACAAUGACAAAUUCUUCACUCACCCCAAGAAUGCCCAGGGCCUGGCUGCCUACCUCUUUGUCCACAACCACCUGUUCUACUUGAUGGAACUGACUACGGCUUUGCUCCUGCUGCUGCUCUCUCUCUGCGAGGCUCCUGCUGUCCCUGCUCUCCGGCUUGGCAUAUAUGUGCAUGCGACCCUGGAGCUGUUUGCCCUGAUGGUGGUGGUCUUUGAGCUGUGCAUGAAGAUGCGAUGGCUGGGCUUCCAUACCUUUAUCCGGCAUAAACGCACUAUGGUCAAGACGGUUGUGCUGCUGGUCCAGUUUGUGGAAGCCAUCGUGGUGCUGGUUCGUCAGACGUCACAUGUGCGGGUGACCCGGGCCCUGCGCUGCAUCUUCUUGGUGGACUGCCGAUACUGUGGUGCUGUCCGUCGCAACCUGCGGCAAAUCUUCCAGUCCCUGCCUCCCUUCAUCGACAUUCUCCUGCUGCUGCUCUUCUUCAUGGUGAUCUUUGCCAUCUUGGGAUUUUAUUUGUUCUCCCCAAAUCCCUCGGACCCGUACUUCAACACCUUGGAGAACAGCAUCGUCAGCCUCUUUGUCCUGCUUACCACCGCUAACUUCCCUGACGUCAUGAUGCCCUCGUACUCCCGGAGCCCCUGGUCCUGCAUCUUCUUCAUUGUGUACCUCUCCAUUGAGCUCUACUUCAUCAUGAACUUGCUCCUGGCUGUCGUCUUUGACACGUUCAACGACAUCGAGAAGCGCAAAUUUAAGUCACUAUUGCUUCACAAGCGCACGGCCAUCCAGCAUGCGUACGGCCUGCUCAUCAGCCGGCGGAGGCCCUCAGGGAUCUCCUUCCGGCAGUUUGAAGGCCUGAUGCGGUUUUACAAGCCCCGGAUGGGGGCUCGGGAGCGUUAUCUCACCUUCAAAGCCCUGAAUCAAAGCAAUACACCUCUCCUCAGCCUGAAGGAUUUUUAUGGUAUCUAUGAAGUUGUUGCCUUAAAGUGGAAGGCAAAGCGCAAUAAAGAGCACUGGUUUGAUGAGCUCCCCCACACUGCCUUCCUCAUUUUCAAAGGCAUUAAUAUCCUAGUGAAGUCCAAAGGCUUCCAGUAUUUCAUGUAUGUGGUGGUGGCUGUCAAUGGGAUAUGGAUCCUCGUGGAAACAUUCAUGCUGAAAGGUGGAAACUUCUUCUCCAAAAACGUGCCCUGGAGUUACAUUGUCUUCCUCACUAUCUAUGCAGUGGAACUGCUCCUGAAGACCACUGGUUUGGGGCCUGUGGAAUAUCUCACCUCUGGAUGGAACCUCUUUGACUUCUCUGUAACGGCAUUCGCCUUUCUGGGACUCCUGGCCUUGGCUUUCAACAUGGAGCCUUUCUAUUUCAUUGUGGUCCUACGCCCACUCCAGCUUCUGAGGUUGUUUAAAUUGAAAAAGCGGUACCGGAAUGUGCUGGAUACCAUGUUUGAGCUGCUCCCCCGAAUGGCCAGCCUGGGCCUCACCCUGCUCAUUUUUUACUACUCCUUUGCCAUUGUGGGCAUGGAGUUCUUCUGCGGGAUCCUGUACCCCAACUGCUGCAACACGAGCACAGUGGCCGACUCCUAUCGUUGGAUCAACCAUACGGUGGGCAAUAAGACCAGUGUGGAUGAAGGCUAUUACUAUCUCAACAACUUCGACAAUAUCCUGAACAGUUUUGUGACCUUGUUUGAGCUUACAGUGGUCAACAACUGGUACAUCAUCAUGGAAGGCGUCACCUCCCAGACUUCCCACUGGAGCCGCCUCUACUUCAUGAUUUUCUACAUUGUAACCAUGGUGGUGAUGACCAUCAUUGUAGCCUUCAUCCUUGAGGCCUUCGUUUUCCGCAUGAACUACAGCCGGAAAAACCAGGACUCUGAAGUAGACAGCGGCAUUAUCCUAGAGAAGGACAUUUCCAAGGAGGAGCUGAUUGCAAUCCUGGAGUUCUAUAGACAGACCCCGGGUUCUGGUUCCGAUGUCUCUCAGCUGCUGAAAACCCGCUCACAGAUGGACAAAUACGGGCAAAACUCAGUGAUGUUUCUGGGAAGAAGGUCGAGGACCAAAAGUGACCUGAGCCUAAAGAUGUACCAAGAAGAAAUAAAGGAAUGGUACGAGGAGCAUGCCCGGGAGCGCGAGCUGUGGAGCAGGCAAGGGGGCCCCGGCGCCAACCUCCUCCCAUCCCAGCAGUGCCCAGGAGGCCGGCCUCGCUCCCAGACUGUCAUCUAGCCAGUCCCAGCUUAACAGAAGCCAUUUCUUCUAUGCAAUAACAGAAUAGUAUUAUUUUACAAUAAUGUACAAACUACGUAUAUGUGGGUGGAGUGGGGUUAGGAUUUUAACUCCCUUGUGCUCACUCUCCCCAUUCGUCCCAACUCCAAACGUCAGUAACUUUGGAAGAGUGACCCAGCAUGGGCACCCCUCCACUGAGAAGGUGACCCCAAGCUGCAGAAUAACCCUUUUUUUUAAAAAAAAAAAAAAAAAAGGACCUGCUUGUUUUGGAAAUGGGCUCCCACCCCCUUAUGUGGGCUGUGCCCAUCGCCACUUGCCCUGGACAGAUCGCCCCAAUGCACACAGACUCAGAGGCUGAUCUGACACCCCUCAUCCUUCCAUAUAUCUGCCUGUGUUUCUCUGUCUCAAUUUAGGGACAAAACCACUGAAGAAAAGAAACAGCACCCGGGGGUUGGGUUUUCUAUAUUGUCCAUGGCGGUGUCCUGCUUAUUCAACAGCCGAGUGCCUGGGCAGGGUGUGAAGGGCAAGCAGGGAGUGGAUUCACCAAGUGCUCAGGGAGAGGCCAAGAUGUCACUCCAGGGAAAUGGAGGCUCUUCCCCAAAUACUUCCAUUUCAGUCCUGUUUCUGAAACCAUCUUCCAUUCACUCAGCAAACAUGUAUUCCAAAAGACAACAGCCCCCAGAAGCAGGAGCCCCCUGUUCUUGCCUGCACCACACUACUGCUGCUGUAGUUCUUCCCCCUGUACUUGGGGAGGCUUCCUUGCCUGGCUAGUGAUGUUCUGGACCCCACUUCUUGGGGACCAGGCCUGUCAAGGGGGGAGGCUGUGGGAAAUGGGGCCAGGUAAAGCGUAUGGGCCCUGAGUUUCUUUUUCUACGUAUUUCCCAAGUUCAAGCCUGUUGCCUUGUAACUGGACUAUGGCCUGUCAGAGUAGAGUAUGGAAAAGGAGCCUACUUAAUUAUGAAUUCUGCUUUGUUGCAGUCCGCCUAACUGAAGUCUGACUGUGUUCUCAUUAAUAAUGUUUGUAUAGAAUUCUAUUAAUGUGUGUAUAUAUCUAUACAUAUGUAUCAUAUUCUUGGAGAAGAAAGGGCAUUCAGCCAGAUUAGCCUCAUGUUAGCAAUUUAAUUGCAAGUUAGCACCGACUAUCCCGAGGAUGACCUGGCAUAGGGAUGCCCUCACUCCAUGCUCCCUGACUGGAGAGUGGAGCAUUAGACUUUCCCCAAGCGUGCACGCCAUAGCAGCAAAGUGGACCUAUGAAGGAUUCUCUUAAAUAUGGAUGUCCAGCCUCCGCCACCCCCGUUCACUAAGCUCUUCAUUCAGUUCCCAGGCAUCACCUCCAUUCUUUGGCCUUGGGGUUGAGGCAAUUUGACUGUGUUAAUUCCUUCUCUAGCUUCAAACCAGGGAGAAUCCAGAGUUCACCUGGUCCAGCUGGUGCUUGGAUCCAGAGCAGCCCAUGUUCCUGGGGCCCUGAGGCUGUUCCAGAGCCCCUCCUAGGUGACUAUACCAGGAUGCUCCCAGAACCAGAACUCCCAAACUGGGGCAGUCAGCAGCAGCAGCAGGGGCACUCAGGCCAUUUGGAAACUGCCUUUGGUCUCCUGCUUGUCCUUUCAUGCCUGGAAGCAAGAGUUAGAAGGGUGCUUUCUGGCAGAGGAAGAAGGGAGAAACAAAAUCCUCCAAAAAUCUGUGUAGAAAGCAGCAGCUGGUCUGGGGGUUUUGAAGCCCCCAGCUUCCUCCUGCCACCACUGCCUAGUUGGACGUGAAGAGGGUGAGCAUGUUUCUUCCACUCUGUAUCUUCUUAUCAACAGGGAGCAAGUAGGCAGCUUGUGGGGCAGUGCUGGUCCCAAUAGGGGACAGCUGCUGGCAGGCCCCUUCCCACCCCACCAUCCUCUCCUCAUAUCAUCUCAAUGACAGGGGGUUUCUGUCCUGGAAACCACAUUCAACAUAGGAAGGAUUUCUGGGUUGAUUUGGGGUUUUGGUUUUUUUAAAAAAAUACACAUUUUUAAACCAAGUUCCCUCCCUUGAGUCUGGGAAUGGGAAUGGCUGUUGAGUCCUGCAGAAAACAGCCAGCAGGGUUGGGGACCCAGAAGGUCGGAGGGGCCUGGUUCUUCCCUGGCUAUCUCCUUUGGUGCUCAUUCCUGCUUUCAGGCCCCUCCUAAGCCAAUCUAGAGGGGCCAAUGAAACAACCCCACUCCCAGAAGGAAUCAAAUGUUUGUACAGUGGGUGGCUUGGGCCUCUUGUGGAAUGCACAACCAACCUCAUGGGCUUCUGGGGUAUAUUGGCUUCUGGAGACUAAUAGAUGAGAAAGCUUAGAGCAAAGCUGGAGACCACUGAUGGGUCUUGACAAUGAGACUCUGCACCACCCACAGCCUUCCUGAGCCAAGCUCUGGCCUGUAGGUAUCAAAAGUGUCCCUGCCCCACCCCCCAAGCACAAAGCUAGAGCUUAGAGCCUGUAACAUGCCUGGAUGCACGAUUCUUUAGUGAUGUUGAAACUUAGAUGCCAGGGCCAGUCCAGACAAUACUGAGCAGUCUGGGCCCAGGAGGACUUCAGAAAUGCCUGAGCCAGACCGGGACUGGGGGUAGAGCUGCCUUGAUUUACCACUUUAGUCAUUUGGCUUAAUAUGCUUGGGUGCCACUAGUUUCCAGUUGGAUCAAGUUGAAGCAAAAAUUGAAGUAGGUUUACAAUUUCAGAGCUGGAUGGGAUCUACCCCCUCCUUCAAACUAGCUAUGGACAUGGGUAACUAGCCCAAGGAUACGCAGCUCAUCUGGGGCAGAGCAAGGCUUUGUCCUUGGCCUGCUUUGCACAGUGCACAAAUUUGGAGAGAACACCUUUGGGGUAAAGGUGUGUCUGCUCCUGUCCCUCCUUGAUCCUCCCCUUCCCUUUGCCCCCAGCCUUACUCAAAACCACUGAGACAAUCAUUUUGUAUGGACAAGAGAAGCGCCGUGAGGUUUUGUACAUUGGAAAUUUGUUACCUAAAUAACCCAUCAGUAUGAGGGUCUCUAGAACUUAGGCACAUUAAUAAAAGGAUGCUCUGCUUUGU